AUGGAGCCCUCAAGAAACUACCCAUUGUUCGGGGGCGCCUUCUCCUCCAUCCUAUUCCCUGGGGCCAUUGAUGUAAGUGACUUCCGACCUGUCCCAGACAACCAAGAAGUUUUCUGCUAUCCGGUAACAGACCAGAGCCUGAUCGUGGAACUUCUGGAGCUCCAGGCCCACGUGCGGGGUGAAGUGGCUGCGCAGUACCAUUUUGAGGAUAUUGGCAGGGUGCAGGGGGCUAGGGCUGUGCAAGUGGAGUCUGUGCAGCCCCUCAAUUUAGAGAACCUGGCCCUAAGGGGCUACUGUCAAGAAGCCUGGGUCCUCUCUGGCAAGCAGCAGGUAGCUAAGGAAAACCAGCAAGUAGCAAAGGAUGAGACACUGAACCAGGCCUUGCUGAAACUGCCCCAGUACCAGACUGAUCUCUUGCUCACCUUCAAUCAGCACCCCCCUGGCAACAGGUCACCUCUUGGACCUGGAAAUCUGUGA